AUGUCCUCCCCUAGCACUGUGACCGCAAUCCAAACUAACCCCCCGUCUGGAAAACUAAUCUUGUUCGAUGUGCUUACCAUUCUUGGAUUUACAUCACUUUCAUUGGUCGUUCUCGUCGCACAUUUCUCCUCUCGCAUACAGCGAAAUGCGUUAUGGUUUCGGCAUAUGAACUCCUGGAUUAUUUACUCGGCGUCAUAUCUGUUGCUUAUAGGGCAUCAAAUGGGUCCUGAACCCCCCUUUGGCUUGUGUGUUCUCCAAUCUGCCUUGAUAUACGCUGCUCCGACACUACCAAGCCUCACAGCAGUAGCAUUUGUCAUCGAUCUUUACAUCACCCUUUCAUCAAUCGUUCAACGCAAAGCAAAAAUCCGACCCGCAAUGGCGAAAUUGUUGAUCGUCUUCCCGCCCUUCGUUUACGCCACCGUUUUUAUGGUGUCAUUACUGGUUCAGUACUCAAUCGUUCCCGAUACCACCUACGUCGCUCGUGGAGCAGACCACCUUUACUGUCAUAUCUCUUUGUCCACACCCACCUGGAUAGCCGCGUUUAUCGUCAUUGGCGGAGGGCUGAUAAUUAUUCCGCUUGAAAUCUGGAUUGCCGUCGUCGUAUACCGCAAUUGGGCAGCAUUCCAGUACAUGUCCAAGGGCGAGAAAGAGCAACAAUCCCAUGUUUCUCUUGGAACAUUCAUGCGAGUCGCGGCCUUCACGAUAUUGUACCUGACGGGCAUUUGUGUCGGCUUCAUCACUUUGAAAGAAAAAGAGACAACAUCGGUCUCCAAUUGGCAGCUGGUUUUGCCUACGGUUUCGUCUUUCCGACCUCCGAAGACUCCCUACCCGCUCCGUGGGACGUUCCCUCCUUCUUUCUUUACCCCACCACCCCGAUUCAGUCUUCGGUCAACACUUUCGCUUUCUUUGACGCCGUUGACCACCAGAAUGGCCACUCUCCCUGUCCCUCCUGCUCCAUCUCGAACACCCAGCGGCGGUUACGCCUUGCCAGAGGGAACAUACUACAUCUCCAAGCCUUUCCGGUCAAGGUCGUCCAAGAAACUUCGCGCCAUGGUCGCCUUUGCCCCGCGCGAGUCCCAUUUCGAUAUCAACAACCCUACCUCCGGAGCGAAUGAAUUCCGCGGCUUUUUCACCCUAUUCUGGAUAUCGAUGUUCAUUUUCACCGUUAGCACGUAUAUCCGGAGUAUAGAAACUAACGGACACGCCUUGAACCUGCGUUUUGCGACCAUGUUUUCGCGUGACGCCAUUACGCUGGCUUUGAGCGAUGCGCUCCUUGUUGGCUCAACUGCUCUGUGUGUCCCAUUCGCAAAAGCCAUCAGCAAGGGUUGGAUUCGCUACUAUUGGACUGGUCUCAUCGUGCAGCAUCUAUUACAAACCACGGCACUUGUUGCCGCUGUCAGCUGGACUUUCAAUCGCGACUGGCCAUGGGUCCAGUCUGGGUUUUUCACGCUACAUACCUUGGUCAUGAUCAUGAAAGUCCACUCGUAUAUGACGGUUAAUGGGCAUCUCCAAUAUGUUUCUGAGACAGCGAACUCCUUGCUUCAUCGCAUGAAAAAGGCAACUGAGGCAGCUGGAGGUUGGGAUCAAGCUAUCAAAGACGCUGAAGCUCGUCGCACGGAACUGGAGUCUACCAACAACUCAACUUUGGAUCACACUCCAAGCGAGACCCCUUCUCUUCCUCCAGGCACGACGACCUCUUAUGUCGACGCUACAACUGCUGCUGCAUUACAACAGCGUCUCUUCGCCGUCUCAAACGCUUCCAAAAAGGACGAUGACUUCGCAAAGCAUAGUUCGGAGCCACACAUUCUAGUCAAUCACCCAAAUGAAGGCAUUGCUGCCAUGGCUCGAGAUUACUCAGAACUCGCCAAUGAGCUCACCAGCACUGGUCCUUAUAGCGUUUCCUACCCAGAUAACAUCACAUUCAAGAAUUUCGCUGUGUAUCAGCUGAUACCAACGCUUGUCUAUGAGCUCGAGUACCCCAGAACCAAUCGCAUCAGGCCGCUUUACGUCUUCGAGAAGACUGUGGCUACAUUUGGAACAUUUGCACUACUCUACACCGUCACCGAAACCUUCAUCCUCCCACGUGCAAAUGUCGGCAACUCCUCAUUUGCUCGCGCCAUGUUAGACCUAUCACUCCCCUUUAUGAUCGCCUACUUACUACUAUUCUACAUUAUAUUCGAGUGCAUCUGCAAUGGUUUUGCAGAGCUCUCAUAUUUCGCGGACCGACAAUUCUACGAGGAUUGGUGGAACUCGACUUCAUGGGACGAGUUUUCCCGCAAAUGGAACAAACCAGUGCACACAUUCCUCCUCAAUCACGUCUACGCCUCUACCAUGGCCAGCUAUAGACUUUCUCGUGGCGCGGCCAUGUUCAUCACCUUCCUCUUAAGCGCAUGCGUCCACGAACUGGUAAUGGUCAUUGUAACAAGAAAGUUCAGGCAAGUAAACGGUGCACCCAUGUUCCACGACUAA